AUGGAGGAUCUGUUGGCCUCGCUGGAUCCGGAGACCGAGUUCUUGGCGUCGAAGAGGCAGACGGGAAAUGAAUGGGAGUUGUUCAAGGAGAAUGUAAGGCCGCUGAAGAGAGGCCGGAAAGUAGAGCUGCUAAACGAAGCUCUCAAAUCCCAGAGUGACAACGUCCUCAGGAAAGCUCUCAUUGAUAAACGCAGGUUGGUGUAUCUUCCAGACCUUUCAGACAAGCCGCCAUGUUUUGUUUUCGCGGCGCUUUGGAGUGCUGCGGGUGUGAUUUGUCUCAUCCCUCGUCUUCAGGCGUUUAAUCGAGGCGAUUGACGAGUACAAAGGAGAGGAUCCUCUGCAGCCAUGGCUCGAGUGGGUGUUCUAAAUCCCUGCUUACUGAGUUUUUCGCCCCUUUACCUUCGUCUCAGCAUUUUUUUUUUGUGUUCCUUUAGAGUUUUGGAUCUUACAUAUAUUUUAUAGUAGAUUGCAUCUCCUCUUCUGACAUCUGGUUAUUCGCCCAACGAUGAGAUUUCAGAAUUUUUACCCCAUCUCUUCUGCUUAACCUUAUUUUCCCAGUGCCUCAGAGUUCAUUUCCCAAGUGCUCUGAAUGCAUUUAAUUUCUAUUUGCCGCUGGAUUGUUGUGUAACUUUGAAUCUUGACGUGUGAAGAUGUAUUAAGUGGGUCCAAGAAUCGUUUCCUGCUGGAGGAGAGUACUCGGGAUUGGUUGUCAUCUAUGAACAAUGCGUGCGGAUGUUUUGGCACGACGAACGCUAUAAGGAUGACUUGCGGUAUCUUAAAGUUUGGCUGGAAUAUGUAUGUUUCAGAACCGCGCGCUUUGCUUUAGAAACCAAGAAAUUUUUACAUAUAUUUUCUUCAAAUGCUGAACUAUCAAUUGUAUGCUUUACAGGCUGAGAAUUGCUUCGAUGCAGAAGUCAUUUACAGUUUCCUCGAGGCAAAUCAGAUUGGACACAAUCACUCCAUUUAUUAUGUAUCCUAUGCUCUGCACUUGGAAUCCAGGAACAAGAUGAAAAAUGCGGAUGACAUUUUCAAUCUUGGCAUCGCCAGGUGAGCACAACUAGAUCUCCUUGGUUCAUUUUGGGGGAAUUUUAACUGACACAAGUUUUAUCCUCCGUAGUAAUCAUCCGAGUAAAACACGCUAGAUUGGAAAAAGUAAGAACGAGUUGUAUGCCUACUCAACUAUUGCUACCUCUCCCUAUUUUAAAAUGUUUCAGAGAUUGGAUUUCCCUUUUAGUUCUUCCGAUUCGAUCAUAUGCAGAGAAAUAUUUAAUAAAAUGUAUUUAUAAAAGGUGUUAAUAGGGACAAAAAAAUGCAGAUUUUCGAGUUAACUUGCGUUUGUACAAAUUUUCGAGAAAGUUAGUAAACUGGUAGAAUAGUACUGGUCUUCAUGCUUUCAACUGUUGAACUAUAUGAUUCAAUGGUUGUCGGUAAGAUAGUUGGGCUGUGCUUCGAUCCAGAUGGGUUAAAGGUGACGGCAUUGAGGGGAAUAAAAAUAUCUCAAUCUUACGAUUCUCUUUUUUUUUUUCAUGCGUUGAGAAUUCUGAUAAUAUUCUGUGCUGGUUCGAAAUAAUAUUCAGUUAUUCAGAUAUUAAUCUAUUUUUGCUUAAGUUCUGUAAAGUCAGAACAGCAUUCAGUUAUUAUUGAGCAUUUUUUGCCCCUUUUCCUUCUUCCAUGAUUCUCAUUCCAGGAACGCGCAGCCAGUGGCAAAGACUGAAUCAGUGUACAGAAAAUUUCUGGCACGAUCAGCUCAAAGAAGCAAAGUUGCCGAGGUGAGGUUCUUCUCUCAUGUACUUGGCUUGCUUUCACUCAGUCUGUACAGUCAGCUACAAGUCUCUUCGUCCUCGGAUUUUUUUAGGAUGAGUCAAUGGAAAAUGCUGGGCCAAAUAGAAGCUUCGGGACUAUUUUGACCUCAGGGGACCCUCGUAAGCUAUCUCUUAUCAGGGUUCUUGAUUGCGAAGCCUGCUACGUCUUUGAUGACUGAGUAGCUUCCAUUUUGACAGGUAGGCAGCUCACGCAGAGGACAGAUCCUCACAGAAAAAAGGCCCUUCAAAGGUGAGUUAAAAAUUUACCAAACAUUAUGCCUUUUUUCAAUCUAAUUUUAAUUGAUGAUGAAUGCAAGACGUCAUGCGGAUUUGAUGCGCUAUUGAUGAUGCAGCGGUUAUCUUGUCGAUUCGAUCCCUAGAUCUCUCUCUCUCUCUCUCUCUCUCCCCCUCUCUCUCCAAGAUUGGGGGUGAAGAAAGAAAGUAAAUCCAAGGUUUAGAUGUGAUUUUCUUGCUCGUUCCUCACCCUUCAGGGUUGACCCGAACGCUCACAUCUCUGUUUACAACGACGAUGCGGAAUCUCACCCGAAGCAGCAGCAUCGACUCGAUGCUGCAAAGAGCGGCGAUUUGAAGCCGUGGCAUGUCCUCGGGACGCAAUCUAAUCGGAACAAAGAGAACACCCCUCUUCCCUCCAAAUGGACAUCCCUCAAGGUUUCCACCAUCUCCUCACCCAGUUCAUACAUCUUCCAUUAGAAAUUGCUCUUCUCCUUGACGAUCAUCUCAUCUCCUCUCCGCCAGAUUCCCCAGAAAGCCGGAGCUAAUCCACGACCCACUGCGCCGACUCCGAGAUCAUCAUGCCUCGAGAUUUUCGUUGACGAGGAGAGCGCAGAGUAAGCCGAGAGAGCCCACAGAGGAUGAUUGUUCGCGAUUUUCUGGGCAUGGUCAAUGUGCUGAGUUUGAUUUCUGGAUUUUUUUGUGUGCAGUGAGUUGCCGGCAUCCGGGAAUUCCAUCGGCGCCGCGGCGGCGGUCUCUUCAACGGUGCAGCUGAGGCGCAUAGACAAUCACAAGCUCAGAAAGUGAGCCUUCGUCUGUCUCCAUCGUUUUUUUCUCUGUGUUCUGGGAAUGCCCCCGCCCCAUCCCUUCUCACCUUCCGUUCUUCUUACCUGAGCAGAGAGUCUGAGCUGCUGAAGGAGAAUCCACUGCGGAAUUUCCCCACCAGCAGCUGCCUUCCCAGAUGA